AGCAAGAGCAGCAAGCGAGCAAGCUAGGGAGCGAAAGAGAGGGAAGAAUAGAAAUCUGUAUGUUGAGAUAAGGAGAAACGCUAAUGGUGCUGAACAGGCUUUAGUGGCUCGGAUGGCGAAGGUGGCCGUAAAGCAUCAAGAUGUGCAUGGGCUUCCUUGCUAAUUGUGGAUGAGAGCGAAGCAAGGAAGUACAUACCGUGGAGGCUACCUACCAACACUGGGCUUGUCUGUCAACCACACAGGAGAGGUGGGUUAGUGGGAGGUCUAUGACCCCCCUCAUCAUUUUCAUCUGGAGAAAAGAGAGAAUAGAGUGACAGAGAGAGAAAAUAAAGUAAAUUAAGGUGGCAGCGAGGGAUAGUGAGCCAUCUCUCUCUUUAUUCCUUCCCCCAUUCCAAAAUCCAUCGCAUCCCUUUAUCACCGAAAUGUAGUGGCGUUCAUGCCGAUUGGAGGAGGAAGGGUCCCAUUGACUGUUGAGGCUGAACCCUUCUCUUCAGCCCUCCGCAGCCCUUUCAUUACCAGUCCCCAUCUCUCCCUCUCCUCUCCCUCACUUCCGACCGUUAUUUUCUCCUGUUUGUUCUUUUCAUGAUCCUUUUCACACUGCCCAGGGUACAGAAGGCAUUCCCUUUUUGGUAGAAGUGGGUGUUUCUGGAGCUGUCAUUGUGUUUGGUUCUGCUACAAAAGACAGCAGAGCGGGAGAGAGAGACAGAGUGAGCGCUAGAGAGAAAGAGAAUAGAAGAGGAGCUUCAAAGAAAAGGGGGGACCUGGGACUACAUGGAAGAACUAAGACCCUCUGGAAGGCGAAUUGUUAUAAAAGAGAAAUUGUAAAAGCGGCUGACAACCAUUUUAAGAUAGCGGUUAUAAUUUGCCACUUGCAGAUUAUCGUUGGAAUAAAAGGCUCAGGUUGCCACGCCAAAACACUGGCGACUGGUUGGUUUAUGCUACGUUCUGUUGCUAAGCAAGUCUCUCGAACCUGAAGUUCUUGUUGAGGAAAUACUAGUGUCUUGAGGAUCACUCACCCAACCUGCAACCAUGAAGGGGGACUCAGAGGAAAGCAUCGAGAGCAUCCGGCCCUCCAACCUGCAAGCAUUCGCCAACAUGUCCACUCUACAUGGCAUGAGCCACAUAUUUGCCUACGGGCACAUGACAUUUCGCCGCUUCCUCUGGACACUCUCGUUCCUGGGCUCGCUGGCCUUGCUGAUGCUGGUGUGCAUGGACCGCGUGUCCUACUACUUUGAGUAUCCUCACGUCACUAAACUGGAUGAGGUGGCGGCGCCUAACCUCACCUUCCCUGCUGUGACCUUCUGCAACCUCAACGAGUUCCGCUUCUCCCAGAUCACCAGGAACGACCUGUAUCAUGUGGGGGAGCUCUUGGCCCUCCUGAACUCCAACUAUCAGAUAGCCAACACUCACCUGGCCGAGCCCGAGGUGCUGGACGCCCUCAAGGAUAAGGCCAACUUCCUCAACUUCAAGCCCAAGCAGUUCAACAUGACAGACUUCUAUAACCGCACGGGCCACGAUAUCAAUGACAUGCUGCUGCAUUGCACCUUCCGGGGAUCGGAGUGUUACCCAUGGAACUUCACUACCAUUUACACGCGGUACGGAAAAUGCUACACGUUCAACUCUGGUUUGGAUGGCAACCCGAUGUUGACAACGUUAAAAGGCGGGACAGGAAAUGGGCUGGAGAUCAUGUUAGAUAUCCAACAAGAUGAAUACUUACCUGUUUGGGGAGAGACAGAUGAGACCUCGUACGAAGCAGGCAUCAAGGUUCAGAUUCACAGCCAGGAUGAACCUCCCUUCAUUGACCAGCUGGGAUUUGGUGUGGCCCCUGGUUUUCAAACUUUUGUGUCAUGUCAGCAGCAACUGCUUCAGUACCUCCCUCCCCCUUGGGGAGACUGCAAGUCCACUCCCAUCGACUCUGAGUUCUUCUCCACGUACAGCAUCACAGCCUGCCGUAUCGACUGUGAGACACGCUACCUGGUGGAGAACUGUAACUGCAGGAUGGUCCACAUGCCUGGGUCCGCAACGGUAUGCACGCCCGAGCAGUACAAAGACUGUGCAGACCCAGCUUUAGACUUCUUGGUAGAGAAAGACAAUGACUACUGUGUGUGUGAGACACCCUGCAGCAUGACACGCUAUGGCAAGGAGCUGUCCAUGGUGAAAAUACCCAGUAAAGCCUCUGCCAAAUAUCUGGCCAAGAAAUUCAACAAAACUGAACAGUACAUCGGAGAAAACUUACUAGUCCUGGACAUCUUCUUUGAGGCAUUGAAUUAUGAGAAGAUUGAACAGAAGAAGGCGUAUGAAAUUGCAGGGUUGCUUGGUGACAUUGGUGGGCAGAUGGGUCUGUUCAUUGGAGCCAGUGUUUUAACUAUACUGGAAAUAUUUGACUACUUAUAUGAGGUAUUUAAGGAUAAAGUUUUGGGUUACUUCAUGCGCAAGAAACGACCGCAGCGUUGUCCAAGCGACAAUCUGGAGUUUCCAGAGAACCCAACCAGCCCUGGUGUCACGCCUAAUCAUGCCCCCAGAGCACCUGUGACACCCUCCGGAGUCACUCGGACAGUCUCGGAUUCACGCCGAACAUGUUACCUCGUCACCCGACUCUAGGCAACUUUGAGGAGUUUGCUUGUUGACGACAUAAAGCAGGGUGGGGGGGAAGGGGGGGUGGCACGUGGGAUCUUCGGGGUUUGACAGAAAACUGUGAAAUAACUUAUGUAUUAUUACAAACAUGGUUAGUGUAGAGUAGUAGGAUCUAGCGAUUGCCUGAAUAGAAAUAGAACACUAUCAUAAGAAUAAAACCAUUUCCAAAGCAGAACUCAGGUGACGGAUAUAUCAAGGCGUCGACGACACUAUUUAUUUGAUGUUCCAUUCAUGUUGCAUUCUAUUAAACAGGGUGACAUUAGUGUGUUUGAAUUGGUUUUAAUCAGCCUAGUAAUGUAUAAGACUAGUAAUGUAUAAGACUAGUAAUGUAGAUGGAAAGGACUUAAGAGUGGUCUCAGUUCAUGUCAACUUAUUUAUACCAUUGUAAUAUACUCAACAAAAAUAUAAACGCAACAUGCAACAAUUUCAAAGAUUUUCCUGAGUUACAGUUCAUAGGAAAUCAGUCAAUUGAAAUAUAUGAAUUAGGCCCUAAUCUAUGGAUAUCACAUGAUUGGGAAUACAGAUAUGCACUUGUUGGUCACAGAUACCUUUAAAAAAAAAGUUGGGUGUGGAUUAGGAAACCAGUCAGUAUCUGGUAUGACCACCAUUUGCCUCAUGCAGCGCAAAACAUUUCCUUCGCAUAGAGUUGAUCAGGCUGUUGACUGUGGCCUGUGGAAUGUUGUCCCACUCCUCUUUAAUGGCUGUGUGAAGUUGGUGGGAACUGGAACGCGCUGUUGUACACAUCAAUCCAGAGCAUCCCAAUCAUACUCAAUGGGUAACAUGUCUAGUAAGUAUACAUGCCAUGGAUGAACUGGGAAAUGUUCAGCUUCCAGGAACUGUGUACAGAUCCUUGCAACAUGGGGCCGUGUAUUACCAUGCUGAAACAUGAGUUGAUGGCGGCGGAUGAAUGGCACUACAAUGGGCCUCAGGAUCUUGUCACUGUAUCUCUGUGCAUUCAAAUUGCCAUUGUGCUCGUUGUCCUUAUGCCUGCCCAUACCAUAACCCCACCACCACCACCAUGGGGCACUCUGCUCACAACAUUGUCAUCAGAAAACAGCUCGCCCACACAACGCCAUACACGUCGUGGUCUGCGGUUGUGAGGCCGGUUGGAUGUACAGCCAAAUUCUCUAAAACGACGCUUAUGGUAGAGAAAUUAACAUUCAGUUCUCUGGCAACAGCUCUGUUGAACAUUCCAGCAGUCAGUAUGCCAAUUGCAUGCUCCCUCAAAACUUGAGACAUCUGUGGCAUUGUGUUGUGUGACAAAACUGCACAUUUUAGACUGGCCUUUUAUUGUCCCCAGCAGAAGGUGCACCUGUGUAAUGAUCAUGCUGUUUAGUCAGAUAACUGAUAUGCUACACCUGUCAGGGGGAUGGAUUAUCUUGACAAAAGAGAAAUGCUCACUAACAGGGAUAUAAACAAAUUUGUGCACACAAUUUGAGGGAAAUAAGCUUUUUGUGUGUAUGGAACAUUUCUUGGAUCUUUUAUUUCAGCUCAUGAAACUUGGGACCAACACUUUACAUGAUGCAUUCAUAUUUUUGUUCAGUGUAGCAGUCAGUUCUGGUGUGCUGAAUAUCAAAUUGAGAGGCUAGCCAUGGUUAGCAUGUGUAGCAUCAGCAUAGCCAGGUCCAUUCAUUAGUAGAAUCAAGAGGGGUUUUAAAGACAUAUUCAUGUUACCACUCUUUCAUUUAUAACUCAUUGAGAGAAAGAGAAUGCAGAUUUCAGUGAUGCCCACUCAACUAUGAUCACAAUGCUCAAAGGAGAACAGCAGACCUAACUUGAACCCCCCCAGUAAUAGACAGUUCGCAGUAAUUGUGUUGCCUUCGUACUCAAAUGAUUCUGUUCAGAGAUUGAUCCUAUCACUGAUUUGAAACUGUAAACCACCAAGUAAUGAAAGCCUCUUGCGUUAGGUCCCCGGAAGAGAAACUAUUGCAAGAUUAUUGAAUGCAAUUCUUUGUUUACAAGUUACAUAUUA